AUGGAUCUGGGUUCGGUCCUUUUGGAGGUUGGGGGGGAGCUGACUGUGCCGUCCAUAAGUUCUCAGGAGCAGCUUGCCGAAGGGCUGGCUUCAGGCAAAUAUCAACUAGAUUUGAGCAAAGCCGAGAUUCGAAUGAAGGACAAUGUGCGGCAGGAGGUCUUUGAGGCCUUAGGGCUUCAAUCAAGCGGACUGGACCAGCUGAAAACGCAAAUAGUAUUGCGAGGCUUAAUCGUGAGUGCGCCACCCGGGUCUCAUGAGCUCGUGCGCAGUUUCCUGAAGAAAGGCACGCGGGAGCAGCACUUUGCCGUCGUUCGGGAACUGGCAAAGAGGAGGCGCCAGGAACUCGAAUUGGCUAAAAGGCAGGGAAGUAAGCAAGGAGUGAAACUGGAGAGGAGGGGGCCUCGAAUGUCAGCAGAAGAAAGCAUGGCUGAGGCACCCGCCCGUGUUGAAUCCGACUCUGGAGGGCUCAGUAUAGAGGUGAAGGGCGCAAAAGGAAUGGGCGUUGGUAGUACAACUGCAGGGGAGGAGAAGAGGAGCGUAGAACACGCUUCGUUAGAGGCAGCAGCAACACCGAUGACGUCGGAGGCUGCUAUUUCCGGGUGUAAGAAGGACACCCUUUCGCCAUAUCAAUACGACGAACUCAGCACAGUCAGAUCGGCUACCACUGCCUCGGAUUUGGGCUCCGCUCGGCAUGUAUUUGACCCUUAG